ACAUCACUAGUGUUGAUUGGCAGCACUUGCAUAUAUGUUAUCGUGCAAAUUAUCGAUAGGCAUUGGAUGCACCCAUAAUUCGCACAUCCCUACACUGUUGCAUUUGCAUAGCCAAAAAAAAAGAAGAAAAAAUGCCAACCUAAAUAAGUUGGCUUAGCGUUUUUAUAUUUCGAUUUCGAUAAAGACGAAUACAUUUUGUGAUUCUGCUCCGAUACCAGCCCAGCCCCCCCGUCCUAGAGCAAAGAAAACGACGAUUCGAUUCGAUUCAACUCGACUCGACUCGAAAGAUGAGCGACGCAUGCGAACGGGAGCAGCGCAGCGAAAAGUGCGCCUCGCCGAAAAGUGCAUCAGCCACAACGUCGAUGACGUUGGCGUCAACAGCCUUGGAAUCGACAGCAGGACACCAACAACAACAACAGAGGCAGGAGGAGCUAUCAAUGGCAAGCGACAGUGCAGCAACAUCAACAGGGCCAGCUGCUGCUGGACGGCAACAGCAACCACAACAACAACAGCAGCAGCAACAACAACAACAACAUUUGCUGCAUUUUAAUGAUAGUGACAUGCGUGAGCUGCGCGAGAUUAAGCAAUUGCUGUGGGGCGACAGUGUGCGCGAAGAUGUAUUCAGGCGUUGGUCUCAAGGCUUUGAGUUUAGUGAUGUGGAGCCCUCGGCUUUGGUGCAAAAACAGGGUGGUCCUUGUGCUGUGAUAGCGCCGGUGCAGGCGUACUUGCUUAAGAUAAUUAUCAUGGACAUGCCAGGCAUACAAUUAACAAAGCUGCCCAGUGAUAAAUGCCAGAGUCUGCUCAUUGAGGCACUGUGCAACAUAUUGAAGAACUGCCGUGCUCUUCGCUAUAAAAUUGUCACACUGCAACGUCGAUCAACCAAAGAGCGUCGCCUGACGCCACCUUCAACCAUCGAUGAGGCAGCGGAAGCGGAGGCGGAUGCAUCAGAGGAGCUGGCAAUUGGAAUUGAUGCAGCUGCCACUGUUGAUGUGGCUACAACUGCAACUGCUGGUGCUGCUGCUGCUGCUUCUUCUGGCAAUGAUGCAACGCUGCUCACACGCUUGAAUCUGGAGCUAACGCCAGAGCAAUUUCAUGAUCGCCUGCAUACGCUGCACUUUGAUCACAUCGCCGAGGUGACACGUUACUAUAUGGAUAACUAUAGUCAGCUAUCGCAUACGUAUGGUGUGCUGUUGUUCAUGUAUUCGGUAUUUCUAACCAAGGGCAUAGAACAGGUGACAUCUGAUAUAUCGGAUACAUCGGAGCCGCUAAUACAUAGCACAUAUGGUUAUGGGGCACAGUCGCUGAUCAAUUUGAUGCUAACGGGACGCGCGGUGGCGCAUGUCUGGGACAAUGAACAGGAUGUGGGCGGCUUAAAGCUGCGGGGCAUUUGUGAGCAGAGCGAUAUUGGAUUUAUAACACUUAUGGAACAGAUGCGCUACUGCACCGUCGGAUCCUUCUUUAAGAAUCCACGCUAUCCGGUCUGGGUAAUGGGCUCCGAUACGCAUUUAACUGUUUUGUUUAGCAACGAAAAGAGGCUCGUCUCGCCAGAGACACCAUCGGAGACGGGACGUCGCAUCUUCAAGUCAUACGAUCCGGAGGGCAACAAUUUCAUAUCAAGCACUUUGCUGCGGGAUGUGUUGGCCGCAUUGAAUCUGGUCAGCGAGCCGGCAUAUGUCAGUCUUAUGCAGAAGCGUUUGGAUCCAGAGAAUCUCGGCAUUAUACUCUUGAAUGCUUUUAUGGAUGAAUUCUUUCCCCUGGAGCGUCGCUCAACGCCGGACACAUUUGAGCUGAUGCAUUACAAUGGCAUACCCGGCUCCAAUGACAACAACAAGGUGCGUUACUAUUUGGGCUCGGCCAUAUUGCUGGAGGGUGAUCUCAAGUCAAUAUGCACGUCAAAUCCCAUGGUCACCUGUCUGCAGACCAAGUGGCCCAACAUUGAGAUCAAUUGGCAUGAUGCACAUAUGCCAUCGUUGAAUUGACGUCCUCAUCAAAGCAGCAACGGAAAACAAUAACAACCACAAAAACAACUCUUGGCAAUACCAGCAUGUCAUGAACACAUCAUUAUUUCAAACACCUUUCAGUUGUUUAUUAAUAAUUUAUUGAAAAACGUUUCAAAAACAACCAAAAAAAAUGCAAACGAAAAGAAAAGAAAAAAAAUGAAACAAACAAAAAAAAAAGCAACUAACACAACUUACACACACACACACACACAUGUGCAUAGAAUGGUUAUGCAGAUAUUUAAUUUUGCAAUAAGAAUUUGAAAAACCUAAAAAAAAAAUAUGCUUAACGUAAACAGAUAUUGAAGAAAUUGUAAUUAUUGUUUGCCAUUGUAAUUAUAAGCGCCAGGAAAUUAUUAUAAAUAUUAAUCCAAUAAGACAGAAAAA